AUGGGUGGAGGUGCCAUUGUCUCCCUUGCCGCAACCAAUCAUGUCAUUAGCAAUAUGCAACAACAUAGACAGGGUGAUAACCCCUACUUCUUUAGCAAGAUGUAUGCUACUCUUGCCGAUCGUAUCUUCUUCCAACCUUCUAUUGCUCUCUGUUUGGAUACAUCCGCCAGAGCCAAUGCCAAUGCUGCGAAUGACGACGACACGUCAGCUCCGGACUUCCCAACUUGGGGAAACACUAAAGAUCAGAUCAAUUGCUAUAUCACCAAGGAUCAAGCCCGAUUGGCGGGUCGACUGGCCAACAAGGAGGUGAUCGCGUGGAAGGAGAUGGCCUGUGUGCCUGGUGUCUCCGUCUGUGUGAUGGUGCGCGGUCAGACUGUCUGGCACACUGAGCUAGGCUAUAGCGAUGUUGAGAAUGGACUCAAGGUACAGCCAUCGACAAAGAUGAGGAUCGCAAGCAUCUCCAAGUCGUUGACCUCAUCGGCAAUGGGCAUACUGGUUGAUUCGGGCAAGCUUGACCUGAACGACCCGAUUCAAAAGUAUCUUCCACACUUCCCAACGCAUCCCGAUCAUCCGGAUGUACCCAUCACAGUUCGUCAUCUCGCAUGUCACCAGAGUGGUAUCCGUCACUAUAUGAAGGGCAAGGCUCAAACCGAGUUCUACAGCGUCCAAAAGUACGUCUCGGCCAAGUCGGACAAUCCCAAAGGACAUCCUCACCCGAUGGACAUCUUCAAGGAGAGUCCGUGGGUUGGACCCGAUGCCCGACCCGGCCAAAGCUUCAACUACACAACCUUUGGCUACACUGCUCUAGGAACAGUGAUUGAAGAGGCUGCCUCACAGGAGUUCCUGUCCUUUAUGAGACGCAGGGUGUUUGAUCCCUCUGGCAUGAUGGACACCUUUGGCGACCAUCCAGACCAAAUCAUAACCAACCGCUCAAAGCAGUACGCGCUCAUCGUGGAGAAGCCCCGCGAGACUUCGGACAGCUGGCCAUCGCCAAACCCACAGUUGGUAAACGCAGAGUAUGCCAACUCAUCAUACAAAUGGGCGGGCGGCGGCUUCGUGUCCACCGCCCAGGAUCUGUGCAAGUUUGGUACAUCGCUCAUCAGUGGCCGCCUAGUGAAACGUCCGACUCUCGAGAAGCUAUUCACACCACAGAAGUUGGACGAUGGAAAGGAGCUCGCAUACGGACUUGGUUGGGUGAUUGUACCCAAUGCCCACGCACAAGGACCCAGCAGCCAUGGCCACAGGUCGUCCACUUCAUCCAAUCCCAACGAGAUGGUGUCGUUGAAGGAGAAGAUCGUCUAUCAUACUGGUGGAGCGGUAGGCGGCAGCAGUGUCCUUGUGAUCCUGCCAAACAAUGGAGUGGUCGUGUCUGUGCUCGCCAACCUUGAGAACACCAGGAACAUCGAUGGUCUAGGUAUUCGCGUCGCCAACAUCUUUGCCGACAACUAUCAUUGUUGCCCCUCAACGCCAAUACGAUUGGAUGCACCAAUUGAUGUUGCAGGAACUGCCAAACAAUAG